GUUUCACAAUACAACCCAAUACCCACUAUACCCGAAGCAAAGUUGGAGGUUUCUGCAUUUUUAACAACGGAACUGUCAUCUUUGACAGUUGACGCAUCUGAACACAUGAGUAACGGUGAACCUGGUAAAAUCCAUGCCUUAAAGCAACAAGUUCACAGUCUUCGACACGAUCUUGCCGAAAAAAAUGCAAUACUCACCACAGUACAGAAACAACUUAACCGACAUCAACCAAACCAACAAAAUGGUAUCGUGCAAAACGAGUCUACCACUGGAAGGGUAAUUGAGAAUUUACAGGCAGAAAUAGAUCAUCUAAAAAAAGAUCUCGCUGAUUCAAAAACUUUAAUUCACGUUGCCAAAGUUUCUCGUGAAAGAGCCGAAAGGCAAGAAGCUUUGGCCGGUAAAGAAAAGGCAGAAUAUGAGUAUACUCUUUUAUCUAAAGAAAUGCAAGCUUUUAAAACUCGGUAUACUAAAGACGUUGAGAUUGUCAAAAAAGAAUUUAAAGCUCUACGUGAAGAAAUGAAUUCAACUUCACGACAAUUAGAAGAUGUUGUCUUGAUGACAAGUGUUCGAAUUGAAGAAUUAAAUUCAGAACGUAAGGAAGAGUUAGGAAAUUUAGAAUCAAUUCAUGCCCAAUUACAAGAAAAUCAAGACAAAUAUGCCGCAAAAUUGUUGAGUGAAAUUGAGGCAAUGAAAAAGGACGUGGAAACUUCAAGUCAAAAGACUAAGGGGUAUAGUGAACAGGUGACAAAGAUUAAAGGUGAAAUAGCGGGUAAAUUGAAUUGGUUGAAACGAAUCGAAGCAGUACAACAGAAAUCUUAA